UGAGAAACGCGCAGAGAAAUGAAAUCGCCGUCAGAGGUUACCUGUGACUUCCCACUCCAGCUAAAAAAAAAAGAAAAAAAAAUCGAAACUUCAGAGUGGCUUGCUUCAGUUAACAAAGACAUACAAAACAAUCCGCCCCCGACGCGGACGCCAAGCUCAGGCUGCGAGAGCGUUCUGCCUCUGACAAAUCAAUGAGGAUCAUCGAUGCUGGGUACCGUGUUCCAUAUCGCUUUACAAGAUACUUUUGCGCAUUUCAACUUUUAAACCUCAGAAUCAACUUAAGGAGGUCCGUCUUCAUUUUCAGAAAUGCGGCGGCUCACAUUUAUUUAUUUUUAUUUUUUAUUUCAUUCAUGUCAAUUGUAAAUAUUUUCACGAGAUGGAUAAUGAAACAACAGAACGCUGUGACAAUUUGUGAAGAUUUGAGAAUGCAGCAAGUUUAUCUAUACAGGUUAUGAAUCGGAAAAAAAUGGUCGGAAAUUAUUCAAACCCGGCUCUUAUGAUUGAUUUCUUAUUAGCCAUCCCUCUGCUUAAAUGAAAUUCAUUCAAUUAACGUGGAGCACUUGCAGGAAUUAACAUAUUUAUGUUCCCCCUCGAUCCGCGUUGAAGUAUUUUACUUUUUUGCUCACAGAUGGGGCAAGUACAGGGGGUCGUGCCUUAACAUUAUGAGGGAAAAAUAACUGCAUCGCCUUAUUGGUUUGUGCUUUUAGAAUUUGUUUUUUCUAAAGCUAUCAUAAAUUCCGAACGAAGAACCGGGAAGACGAAGACGUCAGAGGGAAUAUUGUGGAGGCUCGAUCUGGGGGGGGGGGACUUAUUUAUUGCCAAUAUUAGUUCUUUUAAAAAUUCUCUUCACUCCUGUUGAAAAUGAAACUUUUGACCUUGCUCCCCGGGCUUGCUUGCCUUAUGGCAUUCUUUCUGUGGAACGGAUCAGAGUGCGGCACUGUCCGGGGAAAAGCGAGAUCUAAAAGAGAGUUGGUGCGCAUUAGGGAAGCCAAAACUACGUUCCCUGGAGCAUGUGCCACACGCCUGCCCCGGGGCAAACGUUCUUUGCCGGGCGUGGAUAGGCGAUCGUCUCGCCAGUCUCGGACGGGGGACAAUAACUCAGGUCGGGGAAAAGCUGUUUAUUUUACCGGCAGAGGAGACCAACUACGACUCAAGCCGGGCGUAGAGAUACCAAGAGGGAACUUUACCCUGGAAAUGUGGAUUCGACCAGAGGGAGGUCAGCGCUCGCCGGCUGUGAUUGCAGGUCUCUUCGAUAAGUGUUUCUACGCCUCCAGCGACCGCGGCUGGCUGCUGGGCAUCAAGGCGGUGAGCGAGCAGGUGAACCGGGACCCCCGCUUCUUCUUCUCCCUGAAGACCGACCGCGCCCACAAGGCCACCACCAUCACCUCCAAUGCACGUUAUGCUCCAAACCAGUGGACCCACCUGGCGGUCACCUACAACGGGCAGCACAUGAAGCUGUUCGUCAACGGCGCCCAGGUGGGCGUGAGCAGGGAGCAGUCAGGAGAGAUCUUCAGCCCGCUCACCAAGAAGUGCAAGGUGUUCAUGAUCGGUGGCAAUGCCCUCAGCAACAACUACCGGGGGGCGGUAGAGGGCGUAUCCCUGUGGGGCUGGGCGCGGCCUCAGCAGGAGAUCGCCGGGGGCAUGCGCAGCCGGCAGCGGCCUUCCGACCCCUCCCACCUGGUCAUCCACGAGACCUUCGAGAACCCCUCCCGCAAGUGGCUGACGGUAAAGGACGGCAGCUUCCCUCGGGAUGGCCCGGGGGUGGGGGGCGGGGCCCUGGACACCUCCCUGGAGCCCCCGGCCUGUGGCCAGACCGUCUGUGACAACGUGGAGGUGGCAGCCAGCUACAACAGCUUCUGGGAGUUCCGCCGGCCCCGGACGGUGCGCUACCGGGUAGUAAACGUCUAUGACGAUGGCCGGCGGAGGCCCACGGUCACGGCCAAGCAGAUCAGCCUGCAGCACCAGCACUUGAACGAGGCUUUCGGCCCCUACAACAUCACCUGGGAGCUGAGCGUGCACAACGUCUACAACACCUCGCUCCGCCGCCGUCUGGUGCUGGCCAACUGCGAUGCGGGCAAGGUGGGCGACGAGGAGUGCGACCCGGAGUGCAACCACACCCUGACGGGGUACGAUGCUGGAUACUGCAGGAAGCACAAGCCCCACUGCCCCCCGGAGAAGCCGGGCAACGGGGUAUGUGACCCCGAGUGUAACGUGGACGCUCACGGCUAUGACAGUGGAGACUGCUGCAACCCCAACAUCACGGAUGUCACCAAGACCUGCUUCAACCCCAGCUCUCCACUCAGAGCAUAUUUGGACGUGAAGGAGCUGAAAGACAUACUGAAGCUGGCCGGCUCCACGCAUCUCAACGUCUUCUUCGCCAACUCCUCUGAUGAAGACCUGGCCGGCGUCGCCACCUGGCCGUGGGACAAGGAGGCCCUAACGCAUUUAGGUGGGAUUGUGCUUAACCCCUCCUUCUACGGCACGUUUGGCCACACCCACACCAUGAUCCACGAGAUCGGCCACAGCCUGGGGCUGUACCACGUGUUUCGGGGCAUCUCGGAGAUCGAGUCCUGCAAUGACGCGUGCCUGGAGACCGAGCCCUCCAUGGAGACGGGCGACCUCUGCGCCGACACCAACCCCACGCCCAAAUACAAGCACUGCAGGGACCCCGAGCCAGGGAACGACACCUGCGGGAGGCGCCACUUCACCCAGACGCCCUUCAACAACUACAUGAGUUACGCAGACGAUGACUGCACAGACUCCUUCACACUCAAUCAAGUGUCCAGAAUGCACUGCUACCUGGACCUGAUCUAUCAGUCCUGGCAGCCGGACAGCAAGCCGCCACCUGUCCCUCUGGCGCCCCGUGUGGUGGAGCAGGAGAACGACGCCCUCACGCUGGAGUGGUUCCCUCCCAUUACUGGCCAGUUCUGCGACAGAGAAGUGGGAUCUGUUUGUGAUAAAUGUGCGGAGGGGGGUGUCCUCCUUCAGUACGCCUCAAACUCCUCCUCGCCCCGCCCCUGCGCCCCCUCCGGACACUGGAGCCCCCGGGAGGCUGAGGGCCCUCCAGACGUGGAGCAGGCCUGUGAGCCCAGCGUUCGGACCUGGAGCCCCAACGCAGGAGCGGAGCCCACCAGCGUGGGCCUGCCCCCCUGCCCCCAGCAGGGCUGCAUGUUGCAGCUGGAGUUUGCCCGGCCGCUGGUGCCCGACUCCCUCACCGUCUGGGUCACCUUCUUCUCGCCCGAGGAGACGGCGCCGCCCGCCCUGCAUGACGUCCUGCUGCUGACGGUGGGCGGGGGCAACGUGUCCCUGGGGCCCAGCUCCGUCUUCUGCGACACGCCCCUGACGCUCAGGCUUGACGUGCAGGAGGAGGUGUAUGGCGUGCAGUUCUACACCACCGAGCAGCACCUGGAGAUCGACGCCACGUUGCUGGCCUCCAAGCCCGACUGCCCGCUCUGCCAGGGCUGCGAACCCCUCCGCUACCGCCUGCUGCGUUGGCCCCCCUUCUCCCACGCCCCCAACGGCCUCGUCCUGCCCGUCCCCAGCCGCAGAUACGUGGACAGGGACGUGGAGCCAGGUGUGGAGUACACCUACCAGGUGCUCACCGUCUCCAAGAAGGCAGAGAGCGAACCCUCGCCGGCACUGACUCACCAGCUGGGGGCGCCCUACUGCGGAGACGGCCACAUACAGAGUUCCCUAGGCGAGGAGUGUGACGAUAUGAACACCAUGAACGGGGAUGGCUGCUCCAGCCAGUGCAGGAAGGAGCCGCUCUUCAACUGCGUGGAGGAGCCCAGCAUGUGCUACUUCUAUGACGGGGACGGUGUGUGCGAGGACUUCGAGAGGGAAACCAGCGUACGGGACUGUGGCCUCUACACUCCCAACGGCUUCCUGGACCAGUGGGCCACGGGGGUGGAGGCGUCCCACGAGGAGCGUCUCUACUGCCCCGCCGAGGUGGUCGUGGGGUACCCCGCAGUGACUAAGACCUGCCAGACCAGGGUGUUUGACCUGUCUGAUGGGGUGUCCCAGUAUGCCUGGUUUCCUUGCCGAGAGGCUGAUCAGCCUUCCUGGUACCCCCAGUACUGGCUCAAGGCGUACUUCUCCCACCCGAUGGUUGCUGCUGCGGUCAUCAUUCACCUGGCCGCAGACGGGACCGGCUACAUCGACCAGACCCAGUGCAACAUCACCGUUCAGCUGGUGGAUACCAAGGAGCAGCUGCACAGCCUAGGUGACUGGCGGCUGAGCUGCAGGAACAACCCCCUUGUGGUGCCGGUGGUCCACGACCUGAGCGUGGCCUUCUACCACACCAAGGCCAUCCUGGUCACGUUUCGGUCCAAUCUGGUGGCCAUCUCCGGGGUGGGCCUCCGGUCCUUCCAGUACUUUGACCCCAUCACCAUCAGCGGGUGCCAGAGCAAUGAGAUCUACAACCCCAUGGGCCAGAGCUGCGUCCAUUACUCCUGCGAGGCCUUGGACUGCCAGGAGCCACAGGUGCGCAACGCAGAGGUCAGGUGCAGCGGGCCGGGGUACUUCAACGGGGUCCGCUGCACCAUCACCUGCGACCGCGGCUACGUGCUGCAGAUCCAUCGCGACGAUGACAUCAUCAAGACACAGUCGGACUCCACCGUCACCAUCACGUGCGCCGACGGCAAGUGGAACAAGCAGGUGUCGUGCGAGCCGGUAGACUGCGGCAUACCGGACAAGUACCACGCUCACCCCGCCCUCUUCCACUUCCCCGAGGGAACCACCUACGGCAAGAGGUGCACCUUCCAGUGCAAGGAGCCUGCUCAGCUCGUAGGCACGAACAACACCCUGACGUGCAUGGAGGACGGGCUGUGGUCCUUCCCCGAGGCCCUUUGUGAGCUCCGGUGCCCCGCCCCCCCGCCUGUCCCCAACGCCGUGCUGCAGACCAAACGCUGCAACGCCACGGGGUUAAAGGUCGGCUCCCUCUGCAAGUACAAGUGCCAGCCGGGCUACCACGUUGCCAACAAACCCAAGAGACGGGCGUUUAAGCGGCAGUGCACGGAGGACGGCAGCUGGCUGGAGGGCUCGUGCCAGCCGGUGACCUGUGACCCCCCUCCCGCCAUCUUCCACGGCGUGUACCACUGCACCAACGGCUUCCGCUUCGACAGCGAGUGCUGGAUCGACUGCGGCGGCGUUGGCGGUGGCGGUGUUAGCGGCGGCGGCGGCGUCAGCGGCGGGGACCACACGGCGAGGCCACACGCUCCAUGCAGGCAGGGCCCCUCUGCCAACGUGAUCCGAUGCAAGAAGGAUGGGACAUGGACCGGGUCCUUCCAGAUGUGCCCUCAGGUGAAGGGGCGGUGUUCCCUCCCUCGAAACCUGAACCCCAACGUCCGGGUCAUCUGCAAGAAAGGACACGAAAUAGGCGCAGAGUGCGAGCUCUCUUGUAAGGACAGGAAUAACAAUGUCGUCAUUCUGCCUAGCAACAUGACCUCUGAUCUCCUAAAGACACAGCACUGGAUGAACCCACCCAAAAUCAAGAGUAUUGUCUGUACCAUGGGGCUGAAGUGGUAUCCCCACCCUGAGGAGCUCCACUGCAUUAAAGGCUGUGAGCCUUUCAUGGGUGAUAAUUACUGCGACGCCGUCAACAACCGAGCCUUCUGUAAUUACGACGGAGGGGACUGCUGCCACUCCACCGUCAAGACCAAAAAGGUCGUUCCCUUCCCCAUGUCGUGUGAUAUCCGGGGCGACUGUGCUUGCCUGGACCCCCAGGCCCAAGAGAACAGCAAAGGUGCCCAGCAGCAGCAGCAUUCCCUGGGAUGAUCCUCGCCCCAGUUCUCUCCCUCUCACCCACGCCCAUCCCACCAAACCGCCA